AUGGAAAAAAGGGUCUGGGUUACUACUCGAUCCACUGUACGGACGCCCAACGACCUGACCGAAUGCAAGGUCAUGCGAGGCAUCAUCGACCAAGAGCUCAGAGAGCGCAAGUACAAGCACGGCGACGAUGAUAAGAAUGGGGUAGCCCCCAACCAGUCAGCACUGGGGUGGUGCCACUUAGAGACGCAGUUAGUUCCCGCCUUCGUCAUCGAUGAAGGAAUUUUACUUGAUUACAUGGCUAUUGUAUCGACAACCACUGCUGUAGGAUGGGUUGUUUCACCUAUUAUUAACAGUAUGGUUUCACUGGUGCAAUCCUAUAUAUCAAGUCAGUACAGCUGGAAGUCUGAGGUGGAGAAUGACCUCAAGAAUUUGACGGUUACUUUAGUGGAGAUACUCCCGGUGGUUGGUGUAGCUGAAAGGCGAAAAGUAGUGGAUAGAGAUCAGAUGGUAUUGCUGCGCCAAAUGAAAGAAGCAGUUUGUGAUGCAGAAGAUGUGUUAGAUGAGUUUGACUAUAUGCUUCUAAGAGGAAAAAAUGAGCAUCAAGGCAUGGUUAGGCGCAUAGCCUCCUCGUCACUUUCUCUUGGUAAGCGAUUAAUUGGUGUUGAUAAAUUAAGAUCGAAAUUACAGAAGGUUAUUGAAAGCAUGACCAGAGUUAAAGAUUGUGCUGUGAAGUUUGUGAGCGUUAUGGGACUCGAGAUCACUGACUCUAGUCAGUCUCAUGAAUGUGUUCCAGCAAGAGCCACCGGAUCAUUUCCGAAUGAAGAUACCAUUUUAGGACGAGAAAAGGAGUUUGACGAAUUGGUCAGUUGGUUGCUUAAGCAAAGCGAUGUACCUUCGCCAGAUAAUGGUUUAUCAUUAAUUACGGAGGUGCAUCAUGUUGCUGGUGUUGGAGGCACUGACAAGGCUGCAGUAGCUAAACUAAUCUACAAUGAUAAUAGAAUAGCCUUGCAUACUAUUGUUGGUGGCGGAGGAAUUGGCAAGACUACAGUAGCUCAACGCAUCUACAAUGAUAAGAGAAUAACAGAGACUUUUGAUCUAAAGAUGUGGGUUUGUGUUUCAUAUAACUUCGACAAGAUUAAUCUUCUUAAAGAGAUCAUAGCACACACAACUGGUGGUAAGAACAUUGAAUUGACCAAUUUCAAUUUCAAUAUGCUCCAAGAAGAACUUAAAAGGAGAAUAUCUGGCAAGAGAUUUCUUUUAGUGUUGGAUGACGUGUGGUACGAUGAGAAUUUUGGGGAACAUAAUAACAAACAGAGGUGGAGUGAAUUGAUGGCUCCCAUGGAAAAUGCACAAGAAGGAAGCAAAAUACUAGUGACAACCCGGAUGGAAUUAGUAGCAAAAAUGCUGGAUUCCAGAAAUCCUUUCUUCUUACAGGGCCUUGGACAAGAUAAAAGCUGGUCGCUCUUCUCAAAAUGUGCUGAUAUGUCGGACGAUAUUCAUCCAGAACUACGAAGAAUUGGAAGCCAAAUUGUUCAGGGUCUUCAUGGUUUGCCUCUAGCCAUAAAAGUGAUAGGAGGGCAUUUAAAAAGCAAGAGCAGAGUUGCAGAAUGGAACGAAGUUCUUCAGAACAAUACCUUCGAUCAAAAUGACAUUUCGAAGAUAUCGCGCUUAAGCUAUGAUGGUUUACCUGAACACCUCAAGCGUUGCUUUGCUUAUUGCAGUUUAUUCCCCAAAGGUUAUCACAUUGAUCCGAAUAGGUUGAUACAUAUGUGGAUAGCUCAGGGUUUUGUCGACAUCGGAGGAAGUGCAAAGACGUCUUUGGAGGAUCGUGGAAGAAGUUACUUCAAUGAUUUGCUAACUAGAUCAUUUUUCCAAAUGCUUAGGCAUGGCAACCAAACAUUCUAUGUUAUGCAUGAUAUAAUGUGUGACCUUGCACUUAAUGUUUCUGAGGGUGAGUGCUUUAGGUUUGGGCGAGAGGAUAUGGAGGAGAUACCUCUCUACACAAGGCAUCUGUCUGUUUAUAGUGAAAACCUGGGAAAUCUUGUGAAUUGUGAUUUAACGAAAUUGCGUUCACUGAUAGUUCUGAGCAAGUCUUGGUUUUGCUCCAAGGUCUGUCUGAAUCAUGAUAUACUUCGCAAGCUCAAGAGUGUGCGGGUGCUUGACAUAAGUGGUUGCUGUUUUGAAAAAUUACCUGAUGCUGUCAAUCGGCUGAUUCACCUGCGGUACCUAGGAAUAAGCCGGACUUAUUACCCGCUGCCACAAGAGAUGACUAUGUAUCAUUUGCAGGCCUUGUUUGUGCAAUAUCAUUCAUGUUGUUCCUUGAGGGAAUAUGGUAACCCUUUAAAGGGGAGAGUAAAGAAUGUUGCAGGCCAUUUCCAUCUUCCAGAAAGCAUCAAUAAACUUAUUAAUUUGACCCAUGUUCAUGUAGAGAAGGCAUAUGUGCUUAUGUUAUCCAGCACACACAUACUUCCGUCUGUUGAGUGUGCUGGAGAAUUCCAUGUUGACGAGGAGGAAGGAAGUUUAGUUGGUCUGAAAGACCUCAAGAAGCUCCGAGGACAGCUCACCAUUAUGUCUCUGGACAAAGUGAAAAACAAAGUGGAAGCUUCUAAGGCCCAUCUACACCUUAAGGAGCACAUAACCAAGUUGGAGCUACAAUGGGGAUCAUCUAAGUGUGCUAGUUCUACCAAGCGGGGUUUUGAGGUGCUUGAUGCCCUAAAACCACACCCUGAUCUUGAGGAGCUAACUAUAAGUGGAUAUCCUGGUGCUAGGUCUCCUUCUUGGCUGGAAUCUUGUUGGCUGAGUAGAGUGCAAUUGAUUUGCUUACGUGAUUGUGGAAGAUUGGAGGUACUUCCACCUUUAGGGAAUCUGCCGUUACUCAAAACUCUUGAAGUACGGAGAAUGGAAAAGCUAAAAACACUUGGUCGAGAGUUCUUUGGCUAUGCUGGAUUUCCUUCUUUAGAGAGUUUGCUGCUGGAACUCUUACCGAAGUUGGAAUGGUGUCUUGUAGACAAUGAUCAAGUGUUUCAUAAUCUGAGACACCUUUCAGUCGCUGGCUGUCCAGAGUUAAGAGCAUAUCCCACCUAUCCUCGUACACUUGAACAUAUAGCUAUAUUAGACAAGGAGAGGAUUCAAGUUAAGGCUUAUAUGGAUAGCGUUGUACUAUCCAGAUCAUUUUGUUGCUUGGUUUCAAGCUUCUUUCAUGUCUUGCAUGCUCAUCACCUAGAAUUUGUUGAAAAUAUGGAGAUCUUUGUUAACUGUGUGGUACCGGAAAGCAUGUCCAAGACAGUGUUUGGCAAUCUGAAAUCUCUCAAAAAGUUGAAAAUAUAUGGUAUAGAUCUGGCCAAUACUCUCUCAGUAGUUGCUACUUUGUGGGAUGAGAAUGGGUGUACUAUGCUUCCAUCAUCACUUGGACGCCUUGAGUUACAGCGGUGCUACCUUCAACCAUCAUCUUUGUCCAAGUUCUCGUCACUUGAUACUCUACACCUGAUAGAAUGUGACACACUUGAGAUGCCCUGUCUACCGUUAAGCCUGCGCCAGUUAAGAAUGCUGAAACAGUUGGAGAUUCAUGGAUGUGAUUGGAUCACAUCUUUCGAGGGAGCAGAAGCAUUGGUUUCCCUGGAAGAAAUGAAGAUAGAUCAAUGUAAUGACUUGGAAUAUGUACCAGCUGUAAGUGACAUGCCGUCUCUUCAGAAAUUGCAUCUGAGUCGUUGCCCUCAAGUGAUGCGUUUGUCCAUGGCUGGCCACCAGACAGCAUUGAAAGAACUGGUCAUAGCAUUUUGCGAUGCACUAUCAUCACUGGGAGAGUUGCGUGGCCUUGUUUCCCUUACCAAGCUGGAGGUUGUGGAAUGCUCUGACUUUGUAUUGCUGCCUGAAAUGGAUUCCCUUUAUUCACUCAGGAUUCUGGUCAUAAAUCGUUGCCCUAGGCUGAGGUCACUGCCAAGGAGUGGUUUUCCUGUAUCACUUAAAGCUUUCUUCUUGAAUGGAUGCCAUCCAGCGUUGGGGGAGCAAUUUCAGCGGAAGGAAGGUCCUGACUGGAACAAGGUUGCUGCGCUUCCGGGAUACAUGUGCUGUACCGACAUAUCUUCUGAACAAUGGCACUUACAAUGGAAAUGGAAUUCCGAUGUUUCAGAGAGCGCCAACGGCGUCAGCUUCGCUCAAGACACCGAUUUAUAUUAUUCUGAGUGAGGUGCUCUCAUACUAUGCAAGAGAUCUUUGCGCGUGGCUGGUGACCAAGAGCAAGAUCAGAACUAUGGUUAACCUGAAGAGGAAGAGUGCGUGCAAGAUGAAAUUCUCCACAUCCUGUAGUGAAGAAGCGGAAAGAUCGGACCGCCUGUUUUGCCGGUGCCCGUAAGAUGUUCUGGAGCUGUAUGGCGGUCAAGAGACAAAAGUGUUAUCCAAAGAGACGAACAGCGAUCGGUGGUGGAACCAUCACAGGUGGUGUGGGAAUGUCCAGCACCAACAGGAAGGAUUGACUCUUUGGGAACACGGUGCAAGAGGUGGAGCUGCCAGGGACGGUUCUGGAUUGAUAAACUGAAUCUGUUUCCGGACAGGCAGCUGCAGCUCCAGUGGGCAAAUUCUUAAAGCAAUCCGAAUAUUUAUUUAUUUUUCUUAAUGACGUAAACCGGUUUGAUUGUAAAACUGGACAUGUUAAUGGCUUUCUGCUGUAUGAGCUUUGCCAUCAGGUACGUACGUGUAUAUGUGUACAGCAUAUUGGAUCUUUUAGAGGACUGCAACUUUCAUAGGUACUCCAUAUGUUAUCUCUC